AUGGCUGAAGAGAAUGUUACAAUGGUGACAGAGUUUAUUUUACUAGGACUCACCAGUCAUACAGAAUUGAAAAGAGUGCUUUUUGUGCUGUUCCUAGUGAUUUACACCGUUACUUUAGUGGGGAAUCUGGGCAUGAUCUUCUUAAUCUACAGCACUGCCAAACUCCACACACCCAUGUAUUUUUUCCUCAGCUGCCUUUCAUUUGUGGAUGCCUGUUAUUCCUCCGUUAUUGCCCCUAAAAUGCUGGUCAGUUUCUUGGUUGUGAGGGAAACCAUCUCCUUCUCUGGCUGUAUGGUGCAGCAUUUAUUUUUUGGAGUGUUUAUUACCACGGAGGGGUUCUUACUUUCAGUCAUGGCUUAUGAUCGUUACGUGGCCAUCGUAAAUCCUUUACUCUACACUGUAGCCAUGUCUAAGACAAAGUGUGUGGUGCUGGUCUUUGGGUCUUGCAUUGGUGGGAUGAUUAACUCAUUAACACAUACGAUAAGUCUGGGGAGACUGUCCUUUUGCGGACCGAAUGUUGUCAGCCAUUUCUUUUGUGAUGUUCCUCCAUUGCUAAAACUAUCAUGUUCUGAUACCUCCUUGAAUGAGCUGUUGCUGUUAAUCUUCUCUGGAGUCAUUGCCAUGGCCACUUUUUUGAUCGUGAUCGUUUCCUACAUAUUCAUUGUUGUGGCUAUCCUAAGAAUCCGUUCGGCUGAAGGCAGGCGGAAAGCCUUCUCCACCUGUGCUUCUCACCUGACUGCUGUGACCAUAUUCUACGGUACCUUGAGCUUUAAUUACAUUCAGCCCAGCUCCCAGUACUCUGAAGAACAGGAGAAGGUAGUGUCUGUGUUCUAUACACUAGUUAUUCCGAUGUUAAACCCCUUGAUAUAUAGUCUGAGAAACAAAGAGGUGAAAGAUGCUAUGAGAAGAGCGCGAAAUUACUACUCCUAA